CAGCCCGGUAAUCACAUGACUGGAGCUUUUAAAUGCCCCCCCGAAAGACACAGCACCGCGUCCCGCGCCGCUCGGCAGAGAGCUACGCCUACAUUUCCCGUCAGCCACCAAACGCCGUGCAGCCUCCGUGCGCAACCUUCAUUUGUGUUCGGCGGAGAACAAGCUGCCGUUGGUGGGGACAGAGGACAAACACGGAGCAAGGCGACCAACAUGUCCGUGGAUUGGAUCGGAUACGGAUACGCCACCCUGGUGGCGUCCGGUGGAGUCGUCGGUUAUGUGAAAGCAGGCAGUGUCCCCUCCCUGGCUGCUGGGCUGCUCUUUGGGGGGCUAGCAGGUUUCGGCGCCUACCAGAUCUCCAACGACCCUAACAACGUCUGGGUGUCUUUAGCUACGUCAGGAGCUCUGUCCGCCAUCAUGGGGAAGAGGUUCUACGGGUCGAGGAAGUUCAUGCCGGCUGGUUUGAUGGCAGGAGCCAGUCUGCUGAUGGUGGGGAAGCUUAGUUUGGCUUUGCUACGGAAACCUACGGGGUCCCCAUGAGGUGAAGGCUCUUCAAGAACCGUCUCCUCAUCCUGUUUGGUCAUGUUUUGGGGAAGUUGACAUUUGCUGUUACUUUGUGCAACAAAAAAAAAA